GGAAACCACCGAAUUGUACGAACUUUGCACGCGCAAGAAAAUUACUAUCUAUCGUUACCUACCUUCGAGCUACCCAUUUGCUGCUCGGAGAGAACAGCCGGUAGCAGGGCUGACCACCAGAUCGCAAGUAGCAAACAACACAGGUGCUGGGCGGAUUGCUAAAUCAUUGAUUGUUGCCGUCAAACCCCAUCGCCCAUCCCCGGACGCACACGAGUGAAUCCCCCCCCUAAAACUACGGCGACAUCAUAUAAACUGCUCUCACAGUCAUCCACCCGGUCCGAUCUUCUGUUGCUGUAACUGCUGUGCUGUUUCUCGUCUCGUCACAACUUCGGGAGAAGACCGGCGCGACUCAGGCAGUAUUCCUUCCUUCCUACCUGACUGCCUGAUCCGCUUCCGCCUCUGAUUCACGCAUCUGCUCCCGUACACAUCCACCCACAUGUCGAGGCUCUUAUCAAGUUGGCUUCGCGCCCGCCCGUCUUCGAGCCGGCUCAACCUGUCGCUCCUUCACGUACCAUUAACGCCUCCAUCAACACCAGUACCAGAAUCCGCCUCGACGGAACGCAGCAGCAGCCGGAUACACAACUUCAUAGACGCCGUCGAGUACCAGCUGUCUACCAUGUCAAGCCGCCCGCAAGUCACUCCUGCUGACUUUGACCUGCUGUACCAGCUGUACCAGGAAGAAGACAGCACGGCAGCCGCAGCGGCAAAGGGCCUCUACGGGUUCAUCAUCGAUCACCCCAUCACCCACGACAUCGCGCACCGAGUGGGCAUCAAGCCAGUCGACGUGCUAGCGCGAAUGGUGGGCAGGACAGCCGAGGCAUGCCUUCAAGAGAUCCAGGCCGAGGUCGAUCUUUACGAGGCCGCGGUGGAGACGGCCUGGCAGAAGGAGCAGGCUAAGAAGGGCGAGAAGCCUGCAAAGUAGAGUGGCAGGCGUGUUAGGGGAUCGUAGAGUAAUAGAGAAGUGCUCGAGAGAGUCUGUCCCGAGAGAAAUCCGCGAGAUUGUUGACUCUAUCGCACAUUCUCUCCCAGAGGAGUCAACUUCGUAACUGGAAUCGAGAAAUCUUUCUCUCAAGAUAGGGUCUUAACUCGUGUCCUAUUCUAUUGUGCGGUAGGUACCCUUUGUAAGCAUGUCAUGAAUAGAAGAGGAAAGGGCUACUAAUAUUCCUGCCUCUCGACAAGCAGGCAGGCGCAGCAAAGGUAGGCACGUACUGACA